AUGAACAACACUUUCUUGAACAUGGCGUCGAUAGUGGACUUCGAUCCUCUCAACGCGUCGAUACCAGCCACCAAAGUUGAGAUCACGGUGUCCUGCAGAAACCUUCUGGACAGAGAUACCUUCUCCAAAUCGGACCCGAUUUGUGUCCUCUACACACAAGGCAUGGGAAACAAAGAAUGGAGAGAGUUUGGGAGAACCGAGGUGAUCGACAACACGCUCAAUCCGGAUUUUGUGCGGAAAUUUAUUUUGGAUUAUUUCUUCGAAGAGCGGCAGAACCUUCGCUUUGACUUGUACGACGUCGACUCCAAGAGUGCCAACUUGUCCAAACACGACUUUCUGGGCCAGGCCCACUGUACACUGGGCGAGGUGGUCGGCUCUUUGGGCAGCCGAUUAGAAAAACCUCUUGGAGGCAUUUCCGGCAAGAAAUGUGGUGUGAUUAUCGUGAAAGCGGAGGAGCUGAAUAACUGUAGGGAGUCGGUUAUGAUGCAGUUUUGCGGGAAUAAGUUAGACAAGAAAGAUUUUUUCGGCAAGUCGGACCCCUUCCUGGUGUUCUACAGGAGCAACGAGGACGGCACGUUUACCAUCUGCCACAAAACAGAAGUGGUGAAGAACACGCUGAACCCAGUGUGGCAGGCUUUUAAAAUCCCCGUCCGGGCGCUUUGCAAUGGGGAUUAUGACAGAACAAUCAAGGUCGAGGUGUACGACUGGGACCGAGACGGAGGUCACGACUUUAUUGGAGAGUUCAGCACCAGUUACAGAGAAUUAUCACGAGGGCAGAGUCAGUUCAAUGUUUACGAGGUGGUAAAUCAAAAGAAGAAAGAGAAAAAGAAAAAAUAUUUGAAUUCAGGGACGGUAACGCUGCUAUCCUUCCUUGUGGACAUUGAAGUCACCUUCCUGGACUACAUUAAGGGAGGGACGCAGAUUAACUUCACAGUGGCUAUUGACUUCACAGCUUCAAAUGGUAACCCCGCCCAGCCCACUUCGCUCCACUACAUGAGCCCCUAUCAGCUGAACACCUACGCCAUGGCCCUUAAGGCGGUCGGGGAGAUCAUUCAGGACUACGACAGCGACAAGAUGUUCCCCGCGCUCGGCUUCGGCGCCAAGCUGCCGCCCGAUGGGCGGAUCUCUCACGAGUUUGCUUUGAAUGGGAACCCUCAGAAUCCUUACUGCACAGGAAUAGAUGGUGUCAUGGAAGCCUACUACCAGAGCCUGAAAUCAGUCCAACUGUAUGGACCCACCAACUUCUCCCCCGUGGUUAACCAUGUCGCCAGGUAUGCGGCAUCAGUGAAGGAUGGGUCGCAGUACUUUGUUCUCCUCAUCAUCACGGACGGCGUCAUCUCAGACAUGGCCCAGACCAAGGAGUCUAUUGUCAACGCUUCCUGUCUGCCCAUGUCAAUCAUCAUCGUGGGGGUUGGACCUGCCGAGUUUGAUGCUAUGGUUGAAUUAGAUGGUGAUGAGGUCCGCAUUUCAUCCAGAGGAAGAUCCGCAGAAAGGGAUAUUGUUCAGUUCGUCCCCUUCCGAGACUACAUCGACCGGAAGGGGAAUCACAUCCUGAGCAUGGCUCGUCUCGCCAAAGACGUCUUGGCCGAGAUCCCGGACCAGUUCCUCUCCUACAUGAGGACCCGCGGGAUCAAACCGGGCCCCGCGCCGCCUCCCUAUACACCUCCGGGACAGCCCCUCCAAACGCAGAUAUGA